ACUGAGAGAACACCAACGAACGAGGUUAGGUCAAACAUGGCAGCCUAAGGAAUUGAGGAAGUGGGAGAGUGCUUUCCUUUGCGGCUGAGACAAGCACUCUGGGAAGUGCUUUCCCCUGUAGUGGGAAACGAGCACUAAAAGGAGAGGGGGAGGGAGAUUUCUCUGCACUGCAACUCUUUGGCUUUCUCUUUUUCUUGCUUUCUGCUAGAGGGAAAAAGAGAGAGAGAGAGAGAGAGAGACGACGAUGGUUCUACUCCCUUGGAGAUAUCCUGAGAUUUCCCGGUGAGGAGGACGAAAAGGACGCCGACCAACAUGGGAAUCCAAUCAGACGACGACGUGGUUCUCAUCAGAAAUGGCCAUAAGGAAGGAGAUCCCACCGUCAUCACCGUCAAUUGCCCGGAUAAAACCGGCCUGGGCUGUGACGUUUGCCGUUUAAUAUUGCAGUUUGGGUUAAGCAUUACUCGAGGAGACUUUUCGACGGACGGGAAGUGGUGUUACUUGGUUUUCUGGGUGGUUCCUCGGCCUCACAACCGGCCUAUAAGGUGGAGCAGUCUGAAGAAGCGCCUCUUAUCUGUUUGCCCGUCGUGUUCGUCGGCGGCUUCUUUGUAUCUUCCGCAAGACGUUCCUGCGAGACCGUCUGAAGUUUACUUGUUGAAGCUCUGCUCCUUCGAUCGGAGGGGACUUCUACACGAUGUUACUGAGGCUCUUUGCGAGCUUGAGCUGACCAUCAGAAAAGUGAAGGUCUCGACAACUCCUGAUGGAAGCGUUAUGGAUCUCUUCUUUGUUACAGACACAAGGGAACAACUCCACACGGAAAAGAGGCGAGCUGAAACAUGUGAGCGUCUACGAAGCGUCUUGGGAGGAUCUAUGAUCAGCUGUGAGCUUGAGUUGGUUGAUCCGGAGAUGGGGAAUUGCCAGCAAGCUUCCUCUUCGUGUGACUUUACAUCUUUGUUCACUGAACAAACAACCUACGGAAACCAGAACUCAGACGCUAAUGUCUCGGUUACAAUUGACAAUUCUCUUAGCCCAUCUCACACUGUUGUUCAGAUCCUUUGCUGUGAUCACAAGGGCCUGUUGUAUGACGUCAUGAGAACUCUGAAGGAUUACAACAUACAAGUGUGCUAUGGAAGAUUUACUUCAAAGGACAACUCUAAUUGUGAGGGGGAGUUGUUUAUAGUGCAAGCAGAUGGUAAGAAGAUUAUUGAUACUGAGAAACAGAGGGCCUUGUGUUCCAGGUUACGUACAGAACUGCUUCAGCCUCUGCAAGUGAAGGUAGUGAGCCGAGGUCCUGACACAGAGCUUCUGGUUGCUAAUGUCGUCGAGUUAGGCGGCAGGGGUCGGCCAUUGGUAUUCUAUGACAUCACCCUUGCCCUCAAAAACCUCAAGAUCUGCAUCUUCUUGGCUGAAAUCGCAAGGCAUAUGAUUGGCAAUCGAGAAUGGGAAGUCUACAGAAUCCUCCUCUUAGACGAUGGCCAUGGCCUGUUUGGUGUGAGAAACAAGAUUGAGGAGGAAGUCAGGAAAAUGUUGAUGGGCAGGGACUAAACAUGGAAAGGAUACAGAAACUUGCUGGAAGGAAUAGUUUGGGAGUUCUAUCUUGUGUACAUAGUGGUGUAAGAUAAUCAUUUUACUCAACGCGAAAAAGGUGUUAUAUAAUGUUUCUGCCUGUUCAUAGUACAGUCUGUGUUCAUGUUCAUAGCUGACCCUGCUGUAUUACAACUACCAGUCUAAGGGAACCACGAUGGCAGUGAUUCAGAGUUCACGGUGAGGCAAAGCCCCCGGUAAAAGAGCAUAUCUGCCGGUGCCAUUGCUGAGGUUCCCAUUGUUAUUAGCUGUAAUUCGCUGUGGACGAAGUCACAGGUAAGGACAGAAAGUACCACUUCUGUUUGUCUUCCUUGGUUCUGUGUUAAUGUAUGUUAAAGGCUGGUUGUUGGGAGUGGUCA